CCGUUCCCCCCUCAGGGCGGCCGAAGAUGGUGCGGGACGAGGAGAAGGGGAUCCCGGUGCGGGUUGCGCUGCGCUGCCGGCCGCUGGGGCCCAAGGAGACGAGCGAAGGCUGCCAGAGCUGCCUGUCCUUCGUGCCGGGGGAGCCGCAGGUGGUGGUGGGCACCGAUAAAUCCUUCACCUACGACUACGUGUUCGACCCCUCGGUGGAGCAGGAGGAGGUGUUCAACACGGCCGUCGCCCCUCUCAUCCACGGCAUCUUCAAAGGGUACAAUGCUACUGUGUUAGCCUAUGGACAGACAGGAUCUGGGAAAACCUACUCUAUGGGAGGGACCUACACUGCCAAUCAAGAGGAUGAGCCCAAUGUGGGGGUCAUCCCCAGGGUAAUCAAGCUGCUGUUUAAGGAGAAGGAGCAACGGCAGGACUGGGAAUUCAUCCUCAAAGUUUCUUAUCUGGAGAUCUACAAUGAGGAUAUUCUGGACCUGCUGUGCCCAUCAAGAGAACGGUCUUCUCAGAUCAGUAUACGGGAGGAUCCCAAAGAGGGCAUCAAGAUUGUAGGGCUAACAGAAAGAAAUGUCACCUGUGCCCAAGACACUGUGUCCUGCCUAGAGCAAGGGAACAACUCCAGAACUGUGGCCUCCACAGCAAUGAACUCCCAGUCCUCCAGGUCCCAUGCCAUCUUCACCAUCUGCAUUGACCAGAAAAAGAAAAGUGACAAGAACAACAGUUUUCACUCCAAGCUACACCUGGUUGAUCUUGCUGGCUCUGAGAGACAAAAGAAGACCAAAGCUGAGGGAGACAGACUAAAAGAAGGCAUCAACAUAAACCGAGGUCUCCUCUGCCUGGGGAAUGUGAUUAGUGCUCUUGGUGAUGAGAAUAAAAAGGGUGGGUUUGUUCCCUACAGAGACUCCAAGCUAACCAGACUGCUGCAAGAUUCUCUGGGUGGUAACAGCCACACUCUGAUGAUUGCCUGUGUGAGCCCAGCAGAUUCCAACCUAGAGGAAACUCUGAAUACCCUGCGUUAUGCUGACAGAGCAAGGAAAAUAAAAAACAAACCCAUUGUCAACCGUGACCCUCAGGCAGCUGAGCUGAACCAUCUGAAGCAGCAGGUACAACAGCUACAGGUGUUACUGCUGCAGGCCCAUGGAGGGACCCUCCCAAUGUCUAUCAAUAUGGCACCAUCUGAGAAUCUGCAGUCCCUGAUGGAGAAGAACCAGUUGCUAAUGGAGGAGAACCAAAAACUCAGCCAAGGCCUGAGCGAGGCUGCUGGUCAGACAGCACAGAUGUUGGAGAGGAUCAUUCUGACAGAACAAGAAAAUGAGAAGAUGAAUGCCAAGCUAGAGCAACUUCAGCAACAUGCUGUGUGCAAGCUUGAUCUGCAGAAGCUGGUAGAGACUGUGGAGGAUGAGGAACUAAAGGACAAUGUAGAGGUGAUUCGUGACCUGCAGCAAGUGUUGGCUCAGUUGCAGAGUGAAAAUGCUGCUACAACGGAUGCUGCUGCAGAUAUAUCAAACUCUGAGCAAGAUGCUACAGCUGAAGCAGAAUUGGGCCAGGACACCAAGAGAUCCUCAGGUGACUUCACCACUCAACAUGCCCUCCGUCAGGCACAGAUGUCCAAAGAGCUGCUUGAAUUGAAUAAAGCCCUGGUUCUGAAAGAGGCACUUGCCAAAAAAAUGACAGAGAAUGAUAGUCAACUGGAGCCCAUUCAGUCCCAGUACCAGACUAACAUAAAGGAUCUGGAAUUGGAGGUCAGCAGUCUGCAAAAAGAAAAGGAGGAGCUGAUCCUUGCUCUGCACAUGGCGAAGAAGGACGUCAACCAAGCCAAACUGAGUGAAAGGCGUCGGAAAAGACUUCAGGAGCUGGAAGGGCAAAUUAAUGAGCUGAAGAAGAAGCUGAAUGAACAAUCCAAGCUCUUAAAGCUGAAGGAAUCUACAGAACGCACGGUCUCCAAACUGAACCAGGAGAUCAGGGAAAUGAAAAGCCAAAGGGUUCAGCUGAUGCGUCAAAUGAAGGAGGAUGCUGAGAAAUUCCGGCAGUGGAAGCAACAGAAGGACAAGGAAGUGAUCCAGCUGAAAGAAAGGGAUCGCAAGAGGCAAUAUGAGCUCCUGAAGCUGGAAAGAGAUUUCCAGAAGCAGACCAACGUGCUCCGGCGCAAAACGGAGGAGGCAGCAGCUGCCAACAAGCGCCUGAAGGACGCGCUGCAGAAGCGGCGAGAGGCUGCGGAGAAGAGGAAGGAGACCCAGAGUCGGGGCAUGGAAGGAAUUGCUGCACGAGUCAAAAGCUGGCUUGCAAACGAAGUAGAGGUUCUUGUUAGUACUGAAGAGGCUCGACAGCACCUUGCAGACCUCCUGGAGGACAGGAAGAUCUUGGCACAGGAUAUCCUUCAGCUUAAGGAGAAGAAAGAGCCUAAAGAAAACCAACCCAUCAAGCUCCGAAGACGCACCUACUUCCUGGCAGACCUGCAGGUACCAGAGACAGACCUGUCCUUGACAAAGCAGAUUGAAAGCCUGGAGACUGAGAUGGAGCUCAGGAGUGCCCAGAUAGCAGAUCUGCAGCAGAAACUCUUGGAUGCAGACAAUGGAGACCGUGCAAAGCAGCGUUGGGACAACAUUGCCACAAUCCUAGAGGCUAAAUGUGCUUUGAAGUAUCUCCUUGGAGAGCUGGUGUCCUCAAAGGUGCAGGAAAGCAAGCUGGAGAGCAGCCUCCAGCAGAGCAAAGCCACCUGCUCAGACAUCCAGAAGAUGCUGAUGGAAAAGAAGAACCACCUAACAGAGAUGGAGGCUGAGUUCCAAAACCAGCUCGUGGUGCAGGAACAGCAGCACCAGGAGAAGGUUCUGUACCUGCUCAGCCAACUUCAGCAAAAAGAAGCAGCAGAGAAGAAACUGGAAGAUUCACUAAAUGAGCAAGAGAAGCAGCUGCAAGAAAGACUCAAGUUCCAGGAAGAAGAGCUGGAGAAAAUGAGGGAGAUGUGUGAGAAGAACCAAGAACUUCUCCAGGAAAAUGACACUCUUAAGCAGAAAAUGCUGCUCCUCCAAGUUGCCAGUGGACAGAAGCUCCGUCACAUCCAGCAAACGUCCCAAGAGUCCUCAGAUUCUUCUUUUGAUUACAUUCCACCCAAACCCAAGACGCGCCGGCGAACCACGGCCAAACCCCGGCCACUAACCCCACAGAUACAUGUGGAAGAGCUGCUCUUCUCUGAUUCAGGGGAGUCUGAAGAGGAGGCAGAGGAUGCAGACUGGGUUCCAGUAAAACCAAGCAAAGGGACAAAGAAAAACAUGAUCAAGUGCUCCUGCAAGGGCUACUGUGGCAACAGGCAUUGUGGCUGCAGGAAGCAGAAGGUGGGCUGCACUGAAGGCUGCAGCUGUGACUCUGCAAAAUGCAGGAACAGAGAUCCCAGUUUCCAGGAUGCCACGCCGGGUGGGGACCAAACAAAGGACUCUGAAGGCUCCUUCAAACUUGAAGACCCCACUGAAGUGACUGCAGGAGAGACCUUCUUUGAGCCUGUGUGUGUCACACCAACUGCAAAGGUCCUGAAGGAUAUCACAGACCACGGUAUUUUCCUGAAGAAGCCCAGCAGUGCUGCUUCCCUGCUGGUGGGAGAUGAGGAGUCCCAAGAGAACCAAAUCCCAUUUGUAAGGAGGAAGAAGAGGAUGCUGAGUAGCAACACCAGCUUCUUCUCAGGUUGCACCCCUAUCAAAGAGGAGCUGUACUGA